GCGUAGGCUUGCAGGUUUUGGAUAUUGGAAAUAAUCAGAUUAAUGAUACGUUUCCAUGUUGGAUGAGUAUGCUUCCUCAACUUCAAGUCCUUGUCCUCAAGUCAAAUCAGUUAUUUGGAAAUGUGGGGCCUUCUACAAUAGUGAAGAAAGAAAACCAUUGUGAGUUCUUGAAACUGAGGAUUUUAUCUUUCGCUUCCAACAAUUUUACUGGGACAUUGCCAAACAAGUGGUUUAAAAGUUUCAAAUCCAUGAUGGCUAAAUCUACCAACGACACAUUGUUUAUGCAAAAUGGCUACAGGCAGGUUGACCAAUACCAGUUCACCACUGAGAUUACAUACAAAGGUUCAGUUGUCACAUUUUCCAAGAUUUUGACGACCCUUGUAAUCAUUGAUGCCUCAAGUAAUGGAUUCAGUGGCGUCAUUCCACGGUCAUUUGGAGAGCUCGUUCUGUUAUGUGGGCUAAACCUGUCAAAUAAUGCCUUCACUGGAAUGAUUCCAUCUCAGUUUGGUGCCUUGCAUCAACUUGAGUCACUGGACCUCUCUUCAAAUGACCUGUCUGGAGUGAUUCCAGUUCAAUUAGCAUGGUUGGACUUCCUCUCGGUGUUUAACCUGUCUUACAAUCGGUUGGUUGGAAGAAUACCAGGAUCACGUCAUUUCCAGACAUUCUCCAAUCUCUCUUUCAUGGGAAACAAUGGCCUUUGUGGACCUCCAUUGUCCAAGCAAUGUGACAACUCGGCCUCAAACUCUGGGUUACAUCAUUCAGACCGAGACCAAGUGGAUGUUAUCCUGUUUCUCUUUACUGGACUGGGAUUUGGUGUCGGAUUUGCAGUUACAGUUGUUGUGGUAUGGGAAAUCCGCAUAAGGAAACUAUCUAAAGGUUGCAUUACUUCUUUGUGCCAGAGUAAAGUAUUUUGUAUGUAGAUUACCUGGAUCAUGAAAAGGUCGUCUACUAUCAUACUGAUGCAGUGAACCAUGUAAUCCAGGCCAAAU